UUGGGCUGCAUGCUGUGACGGGUUCGACGGAUCGAAAAAUCUAAUAACCCUUUCAUAUAUAGAUCUGAGCAUACGAUCUCUGUACUUCCUCCAAGUUCAAUAGCCCAGAGUAUACAUGGUAAAGUUUCAUGACAUGGAAAAUGAUACUUUGCAUUUGUAUAAUGGUAUGUGCAAUGGCAACAGUCGAUUCGAUCAAUGCUACUGCGGCCGUUGAAUUUUGAAUCAUCAGAUCAGGCUGGUUUAGACACUUCGAGUGAGUGCAAUCAGCAGUUUGAAGAGAGGAUGCUAUGGAACCCUCCCCUUCCCCUGUUGCAACGACGGACCUUGUGUUGGUGGAAGACGCCGUCGACCCUGUUUCUCCACCUGUAGCUAUCCAAGCUAAGGCUGCUACAGCCAUGGAUGGGAGCGAUAGAAGCACGGCUAGUGUUGGGGAAUUACAGAGGAAGGGAGGGAACCCAUUACCAAGUCGUUCCUGAGAUGCCACGAGGAAAACUUGAGCUGACUGUGGGGACGCGUGUGCAGGAGCCGGUGGAUAUUCACUCUGGAAGCUGCGACUGCGGAAGAAGAGCUAGAGGUGAUGCUCUUAAAGGGAGCAUGGAGGAUCUCCAGAGGGCCGGAAGAAUGAUGGCGGCGAGCCGGACGGUGUGCAGGAAUGGCGCUGGAGGUGGAAUUACCGAUGCCGGUUCCGCAGGACUCUGAGGCCUCGAGUCUCGACUCAGUGUCGCUCUGGCAUUCUAAAGGUUCUCGAAGCAAUCGCGAGAGGAAUGAACGGAAACCUCUUGGCGUUUGAUGAGGCGGGAAUGCCAGGAAUUAUGGUAUUUUGAUUCCCAUUCUUUAGAUACGGGAAUGCCUCCUUCAAACAUGGUAUUUUUUAUUCCGGAAUUUUAAUUCCAGAAAUUUUUUUCGACCCGCCCCCCUCUCUCCUUUUCUUUUCUCUCAGCUCUUAGCGUCUCCUGCCCGCCACCGCCAUCAUACGAAGGUCUCUCUCCCAUUCCCGCAGCAGGACCUCAGGUGUUUGAUACUUGAUAGCUGCAGAAAAUGCCUAGAUUGAAGGAUAUAUUUUGGUCACAUGCAAUUCAAAGUGAUGAAGGGAAGUUGACUUGCAAAUUUUGUUCUGAGCAAUAUACCGGAGGAAUUACGCAAUUUCAGUAUCAUUUGGCUGGAAUUCACGGCAAUGAUGUUGUUGCAUGUCAUAAUGUGCCUGAAAAUAUCAAGCAAAUGGCAAUCAAAGCUUGUAGAGUUAUUGAGGACAGACCCAUGGAGAAGGGGAGAAUGCAAAGUGGAAGUGGAUCACAUUUAAGUGUAGGUUCAUCAUGUUCAGUUAGCAAUUUUUUUUGUGGAACUUUGUCUGAAGGAGGAACAGGACAAGGCAAAAAACAAACAAUUUCAAGUAUAAUGAAGAAAGUGGAAAAGGAUUUUGUGGAUAAGCUUUUACUUAAAGCUAUUGUAAUGAACAACUUACUUCGAUCGGUGGAUUUCAAGAAUUUUGUUGUUGGUACUACAAAAUUCAGCCCAGGAUAUAUUCUCCCAAGCAUUGAAGCAACAAGAACGAAACUGCUAGAUGAAGCAAAGAAAGAUGUUCUAUUCUAUGUUGAUGAAAUGAAGAAAACAUGGACACAAUAUGGAUGCACAAUUAUGUCUGAUAUUUGGGAAGACACGAUUAGAAGCAGAUCUUAUAUAAACUUGUUGGUGAGCUCUCCAAGAGGCACUAUAUUUUGGAAGGCAAGUCAUGCUGAAAAAGGUCCCAAAAAUGUAGAAGUUAUAGUUGACUUUUUAUCUUCAACUAUAGAAGAAAUUGAGGCAAACAAUGUCCUGCAUAUUGUUACCGAUAAUGAAAACAAUUACAGAAAAACAAAUUUUAUUCUUGAAGGAAAAUAUCCAAACAUUUUUGCCACAUCUUGUGCUGCUCAUUGCAUUGACUUAAUGCUUGAAGACAUUGAUCGUUUAGAAGAUGUGGCAAAUAUCAUGUGCAAACUGCAAAGCAAGGCAAUUUGUCAAGUUCGUAUAUAAUAAGCAACAAGCUUUAGAUAUAAUGAGAACUUAUAGAAAGGGAAAGGAGUUGACUAAGUCAUUUUUGCAUAAUCCUCAUGAACAAGAAGUUUUUUUUGUUACUAAGUUCAAACCUUCCCGAACUUCUUCAUCCAUCCUUAUUAUAUUAUUCCAAAACAAAUGAGGAUUUAGAUAAGCUGCUACGGCAUGUAUGGGACUAUGCGAAUUACGAUUCCAUCUCUUAUCAAUUAUAUUUCAAUACGGCAUAUAUUUUUCUUUCUUGCCGUUGUUUGCAUUCUUGAUAGCUUCUUUAGCUCUAUCAAGUGCUUCAUAUAAAUAGCCCAUAGUGGCCCCUUCCCCAUCUACCAUCUUUAGUACUCUCACUAAUGGUUCAACAAACCUGAUUAUUUCUUUUCCCUUUCUCCAAAAAUCUUCAUUUUGUAAGAGACUUGUAGGUUCUUUUGCAUCAUUUUUUUCAAUGUCUUCUACAUGUCUCCAUUCAUUGGACGCAACCGUAAACCUGAGGCCCUCUUCUUGUUUUAGGAUAGAAUGCAAACAAAUAAAUUGAAAGGCAAAUCUAGUCACACCAGGCCUCCUCAACUCUUUUCCCUUUGUAUAAGUUCUCAUUAUAUCUAAAGUUUGUUGCUUAUUAUAUAUGAACUUGACAACCUGCCUUGCUUUGCACUUUGGAUUCUAUCCUAAAACAAGAAGAGGGCCUCAGGCUUAUGGUUGCUUCCAAUGAAGGUAUACAUGUAGAAGACUGUGAAAAAAAUGAUGCAAAAGGACUUAUAAGUCCCAUUCAAAAUGAAGAUUUUUGGAGAAAUGGAAAAGAAAUAAUCAGGUUUGUUGAACUGUUAGUGAGAGUACUAAAGAUGGUAGAUGGGGAAGGGGCCACUAUGGGUUAUCUAUAUGAAGCACUUGAUAGAGCUAAAGAAGCUAUCAAAAAUGCAAACAACGAUAGGAAAGAAAAAUAUAUGUUGUAUUGGAAUAUAAUUGAUAAGAGAUGGAAUCGUAAUUUGCAUAGUCUCAUACAUGCCGCAGCAGCUUAUCUAAAUCCUCAUUUGUUUUGGAAUAAUAUACUAAGGACAAAUGAAGAAGUUCGGGAAGGUUUGGACUUAGUAACAAAAAAAAACUUCUUGUUCAUGAGGAUUAUGCAAAUAUGGGUCUUGAAUUGAUCAAAUAUCACAACAGAGAUCCUACAUUAUUUCGUGAUGGGUUGGCCAUGAGUGUCAUUGACACUUCUCAUCCACGUAUUUGGUGGGAGAUAUUUGGAUCUUCUGUUCCUAUUCUUCAAAGAGUAGCAAUCAAAGUUUUAAGCCAUGCAGUGCAUUUGAAGCUGCUAAUAUGAAGAAGAGAAGCAAUCUUUUACCAUCUAGAUUAACUGAUUUGGUGUUCAUUAGAAUGCAUUUGCAAAGCAUGGCUGCAGAAAUAAAGAACAUAAAUGCAAAUCCAAUCUAUAUUGACCAUGUGAAUACAUUUCCAGAAGCAGAAAAUGUAGAGGUUGGGUUGUCUUCAGAUUUAGAAGAAGAAGAUGAUGAAGAAUGCGGACUAAGUAGAACAAAUGAAGAAGAUUGGAAGAUUCUGGCAUAUAGAGCAGCAAGGGUAGUUAGUUUGGUGCGGAAUAAAUCACAAAGUGACUAUUUAGUACAGCUUUUAUUAAAGCAAGCUUGUGUACCUAGCAAGGAAUUAAGUGGAGGGUAAGGAAAAGCAUACACAACAAUUGAAAAAAAAACUGAUUGAGAGGUAUGGGCCAGCCUUUUGUGAAAGAGAAAUUCAAGGAUAAAUUGAAGGUUCAGAAACCAAGUUUGUCAAUUUACAAAAGGAUUCUGAAGGCGAAUGGGUUUGGCUGGGAUCGCACUAUGAAGUGUAUUGAUAUUGUCCAACUAUUUGAUUUGAGUAUCCAGUAAUUGUAUGCAACAUUUUAGAGCAGUUUGAUAUUGUGAGGGCACAUCAAAUGAUAAUGCUUCAAGUUCAACAUGUUUAAGUGAAGGUGAAGUUGCAACACAAACAUCCCGCCAUGGAAGCAAUAACUCUUUGUGCAUGUCCAUAACAAAUCAAAUGUUUCAAGAUUUUGCAAAUGUUUAGUGUGUGGCUCUCUAUUUAUUAUUAAUCACUGCAUGUAUAUGAUAUGAAGAUAUGUUCAAGUGUAUAUUUGCAAUGUUUUUUGAACUUGUUUAUGUUUCUUAUUCUAAUUAGAUGUGAUCUCUAUGUGAUUCGCUAAUAUUUGUUGAAGUGACUUUGACCGCUAUGUACUUGAUAAAUUGACAAUUACACUUCUUUGCUAUGCUUUGCACUUGGACAACUUUUGAUAGGAAAUUAUGUGUGAAUGUUGAUGUAUGGUCUAUCACGAAUUUGAUUGUGUGCACGUGAUUGUUUGGAUGUGACACACUAAUUUUGUUGCUGCAUGAUUGUAUGCAUACUUCAUUAUGAUUGUCUGGAUGUGAUCGGAUUUAUCUUAAUGCAUGUGAUUGUAUGGAUGCUUUGGAUGUAAUUGGUCAAUGUUACACAAGAAAAUUCUUUGUUUUAGGCAACAUAGCAAGAACUGAGGACCUCAGAAAUAUUAUGUAAUUCCAGCUGCUUUGCAGGAAAGCUGCUUUGAUGUUUUAAACUUUAUUAUUCCAUAUGGGCAUCUAAUAAUUUCCAGUAAUGCU